AUGGCCUUCCUGUGGAUCCUCUCCUGCCUCGCCUUCAUUGGCACCGCCUACGACAACAGUUACACCAUCAACAACGACAUCACACUCAUCAAGCUGGCCACCCCUGCCCAACUGGGCUCACGUGUUUCCCCAGUUUGUGUGGCCGAGACUUCCGACAACUUCCCCGGAGGCAUGAGGUGUGUGACCACUGGCUGGGGUCUGACCCGCUACAACGCUGGCAGCACACCACCCCGUCUGCAGCAGGCUUCCCUGCCCCUGCUGACCAACACUGACUGCCAGUCUUACUGGGGCAGCCAAGUCACUGAUCUGAUGAUCUGCGCUGGAGCCUCCGGAGUCUCCUCCUGCAUGGGUGACUCUGGUGGUCCUCUGGUCUGUGAGAAAUCUGGAGCCUGGACUCUGGUUGGUAUUGUGUCCUGGGGAAGCUCAACUUGCUCUACCUCCACUCCUGCAGUCUAUGCCCGUGUCACCAAGCUGCGUGCCUGGAUCGACCAGACCAUCGCUGCCAACUGAGCAUGUCACAUAUGAGAGGUUUCAGCACCAAGCUAAUCCUCAAUAAAACACAGAAAAUCUGAAAAACUCUGA